UGACGAUAACGUUCGUCUCUUCUGAAUAUUGUGCUCGAGUAUUGCAACUUUGUGGCAAACUUUAUUCUUCUUAUAUCCCGUGCGAAUUAGAUUUCUGGCUGUGUCAAAAAAACGCGACGGCGCUACAAAAGACGCGGAAUUCAACAUUUCUCGAGUUGGGACUCAAAGCAAUUUAUAAUCACAUAAUAAACACUUGACCAGUAUUAUCAAAACGCGACUUGCUCGAUUGUAUUACACCGACCACGCGGACAGUAACUCGGAGCAGAGCGCGCGUAAACGCAGAGAGGUAACGACGACGACGACAACGAGAAGGAGAAGGCACGUGGAGAGACGUUCGCCCGCAGUGCAGACGGCCAUUUACGUUAAAAAGACUCAACGGUGUGGGCGAUACACCCAGAACGAAUCUGAGUAACGAAUACUAGCUUCAAGGCGACGCGGCGAUUACGGCGGCGACGACACCGAAACGUAGAAAGAUGCCGGAGACCGCACACCAUAUGAACGGCUACGCGAAUGGCCACGCGCCGCCUGAGCUGCAACAGGACACCGCAUUCCUGUUCACGUCGGAGUCUGUUGGCGAGGGACACCCAGAUAAAAUGUGCGAUCAAAUAAGUGACGCCAUUUUGGAUGCACACCUGAAACAAGAUCCCGACGCUAAAGUAGCAUGCGAAACCGUAACAAAAACUGGGAUGAUAUUAUUAUGCGGAGAGAUUACAUCAAAGGCUGUAGUGGAUUAUCAGAAGAUCGUUCGUGAUACAGUAAAACACAUCGGCUACGAUGACUCUUCAAAAGGUUUUGACUACAAGCUGUGCAAUGUUCUAUUGGCACUCGACGCUCAGUCACCAAAUAUCGCGGCAGGCGUUCAUGAAAACCGUAGCGACGAGGAAGUGGGAGCAGGAGAUCAGGGUCUAAUGUUUGGAUAUGCAACUGAUGAAACCGAUGAAUGUAUGCCACUGACGGUCGUGUUGGCGCAUAAAUUGAAUCAGAAAAUCGCCGAGCUAAGACGAAGUGGCGAAUUGUGGUGGGCUCGUCCAGAUUCAAAAACACAGGUAACCUGUGAAUACAUCAUGGAUCACGGAACCUGCGUACCUAUAAGAGUCCAUACUGUUGUCGUGUCAUUGCAACAUAGUGAAAAAAUUAGUCUAGAUGAACUACGUAAGGCGGUCAUGGAGAAAGUCAUCAAAGAAGUGAUUCCAGCGAGAUAUUUGGAUGAAAGAACAGUCUUCCAUGUGAAUCCUUGCGGGCUUUUCAUUAUUGGUGGACCGCAGAGUGACGCUGGUCUUACUGGUCGAAAGAUCAUCGUAGAUACGUAUGGUGGUUGGGGAGCGCAUGGUGGUGGUGCAUUUUCCGGUAAAGAUUUUACGAAAGUGGAUAGAUCAGCUGCAUAUGCUGCAAGAUGGGUUGCUAAAUCCUUGGUGAAAGCUGGUCUUUGCAGACGGUGUCUUGUACAGGUUUCUUAUGCUAUUGGAGUAGCGGAACCAUUGUCUAUCACAGUUUUCGAUUAUGGCACAUCCACGCGUUCACAAAAUGAGCUCUUAGACAUAGUGCACAAGAAUUUCGAUUUGCGACCCGGAAAAAUCGUCAAAGAGUUGAACCUUCGCAAUCCUAUUUAUCAACAAACCAGUACAUAUGGUCACUUCGGACGAGACGGUUUUACAUGGGAGCAACCAAAAAAGCUGGUCUUUGAUUGAUGAGAGGAUGGAUUUUAAAUUGGUUUUGGCGUUUUUCGGUUUUAGGUAUUUGAUAGAAUCUGUUUCUCGUUCUCUAAUUCUAUCUCCCUCUCUAUCUUUUUCUCGGAGAAAAAAAUCGUAUUUCAAGUAAAAGAAAAGAAUUUCGUCCGCGAUAUACUUCGAUCUCCGUGCCGCAGCCAUUAUCGAGGCCAUCGAUUACGCCAAUACUUAGCAAUAGAGAGGACUAGGUAUGGGCAAUUCUCUUUCUAGUUCUUUUUGCCAUGGAAUACCGCAUUAUAUAUGUGACGACAGGCAUAGUACAAAUAUCGUUUAUAAUCCAAUAUAUUACAUCCAAUCCAAUACAUUACAUCGCAUUAUGAAAAAAGCGUUAUGAAAAGAGCGAAUUGAGCCUAUAUUAUGAAGCGCAUUUUCAUGUUUAGAUGUUCAAAAACUUCUUUCUUAAACUGAUGUGAAUGAUUUACGAGAAAACAUAGGGAAAUGUCCCCUUCCAAUUUUGACGAUUUUGAUGUUUUAAUUUGUGUAGUCGAGAUUAAAAUAAAAUACGUUUUCUUAUAUGUUUAUACGUUUCUAUGAUUGUACUCACUUUUAUGUAAUGGAACGC